AAGAAGCGGGGGUUUCCAGUGCGGAGGGCAAACAAAGAGUAAAAGAGGGGGUUUAGAGUGGGUGACAUGAAAAGAGCUAGACCUAUAGAGAGGAAAAAGAAUUCAUUCCUUUGUGGCGAAUGAACUCAGAUGCAGAGAAGAGACAGAAAUAAAGAGCGAGAAAAAGAGAGUAAGAGAGCAAGGACUGGAGAAUAAAGGUUAACUGACGCAGAAGACCGGACUUGCAUGACCGAAUAAUCCUCGAUUUCUCGGAGAGAAGCAAAGCGACCUGCUAGAAAAGCAGAUAUGAGAGAAACAAAAUGCAAAGAUUCAAAAUGUCCAAAAGGAAAAUUUGUGCAUCAAUGUAAUGCUGAUGUUGCAGAAUGUAAACCUUGUGCAAAUGGCACCUUCACUGCCGCAGAAAACCAUAUGGAAAGCUGUCUAGCCUGCAGAGUGUGCUCCAGCAUGAAUAAUUUAAUGCCAGACGUGGAGUGCCGGGCAGACACAAACAGGCAGUGCAAAUGUAAGCCAGGCUUCUACUGCACAAAUCUAACUGAAGACCAAUGCGAACACUGUUCUCCUGUGAACAAGUGCCCCCCAGGGCAAGGGGUCGCCAAGAAUCACACGCACCUGGAGGACACAAAGUGCGAGCCCUGUCCAGACGGCACAUAUAGUAAUGUGACAGACUACAUCUCCAGCUGCAAAAAUCAUACCAGUUGUGCGUAUCUGGGUCGAGAUCUUAAGGAUCAUGGGACCCCAAAGACAGAUGUUAAAUGUGGAGAUUUUAAAGCAUGUAAAUCUUGUAAUUGGAUGUUACCUGCUGGUCUGUGGGCAGGUCUUGGGGUUACUGCCCUUAUUAUAUUUCUGGUCCUAUUUAUUAUCUAUUGGAGAACCAAACGUCGCUCACAAAACUCAGUGACGAUUUCAGAGUAUUUUAGCUCCACCUCCCCGACAUUUCCUCCAGACAUCCUGAAAUGUCCUGCUAGUUUUGGUAUGGAGAAAUAUCAAGAGGAUCAGAAACUCACGUAUACAGCUGAAAAUAACUCAAACAUGGACUGUUCCACAAACUGUGAUUUGGGGACGACACAAGUCAUGAGUGUGUCAGAGAAAUACUCCACCGCAAAUUAUUCUACAGAUAGAAUCAUAUUUCCCUCCAUCUAUCAAUCAGAGCCGCAGGAGUCAGAAUGGCAUGAUUAACAAGACAUUAACCUGUUUAUUUGACAAUUACCUGCAUUAUUUGUUGUGUGUUUUGUUAUCUCUCUAUGUUACUGUAGAAAAUAUUGAUUUCCAUUUGUUUAGCAGCGCAGAUAUAUUCUACCGCUCACAUCUACAGAGAGCUACAUGAAUUAAACCUGCAAAUAUUUACCUGUUCAGUUUGUUUGUAUGCUUUCACGUUGAAAACACAAAGUUCACAUUUGCUGAUAAGGAAAUCUAUAAGGUAGCCUACUAAAACAAAAAGCAACUCAUUUAUUUACGCUUAAGUUGCUCAAAUUGUAUAUAACGUUUUCUAUGAAACCAAAAAGAAGAUAUUUUGAGAAAUGUCUCUGUGGUUGUGUGUUCAUACAAUGUAAAUAAACAUGUAAAUAAACACAAUUGUUUG